UAGAGGACACACACAAACACCUGAAUGUAUCCUGAUCAAGUAUCAAAAAGGAGAGUCUAUGAAAACAAAGAAGAAACUUCUGAUGUGGAGCAGUUCCGAUUCAUCUGACGAAAACUUGCGGAGUCGGUGAGAAGGCAAAAUAAAAUCCCUAACAACCAUGUCGGUAACACCUAGUCAUUUCCCACUGAAUGGGACGAGCCUCUUUACUGAAAAUCAUGGCAUUAUGGAUAUAACCAAUGGACAAAGAACUUUGAAUAUCUUUCUUUUUUGCUUGACGUUUAUAAUUACGCUCACUACCCUGCUGGGCAGCAUUUAUUCACUAGUUUCCUUACUGAAAAUUCAAAACAAAACCACACUUUCAAUGAUUGUGACUUCCUUGUCUGUGGAUGAUUUGAUAAGCGUGGUGCCAGUGACUAUCUUUAUGCUCAUGCAGUGGUCAAGCGAGGUGCUCCCCCAGCCUCUGUGCACCACAUCAGCGCUGCUUUAUUUAUUUCAGGGCAUUUCUAGCAAUCUGAAAGGUACUCUUAUAGUUUCUUACAACUUCUACACGAUCAACAAAACUGUGAUGUGGAGUCAGCGGGCCUCCAAACAGCCAGUGAGCAUGAUAUGGGCCAUUCUCACUAUCUGGAUUGUCAGCUUGCUGGUGUGCAUUUUGCCUCUCUGUGGUUGGGGCACCUAUGUCCCCACCUCUUGGGGUUGCCUCACAGACUACACCAGUUCCUACGUCCUGUUUUUAUUCAUUGUCUACUCGCUGUGCUUCUGCCUCCUCACCGUGCUUUCUGUCCCUCUAACUUACCAACUGUUGUGCUCAGAUGAGCAACAGCGUCUUUAUGUCGAUUACCAGGAAAUCACCCGAGGCUAUUUCACCCCUAGGACGCCCCCAGUCUGUAGCACCGCCCUAUCCCUUUCUCCGGAGGACCCCGUGGAUAAAACCCUGAAGCAUUUCCGAAACGCCUGCCCCAGCUCGGAGAUAGUAUUCAGGCAAAGCCCAGCUGAGAGCUGUGGGCUGGACUCCCAUUGCACAAACAGUGUGCAGAGCAGAAGCUACACUGUGGAGUUUGCUCAGAAACGAUUCUCACUGAUUCUUGCGUUGACAAAAGUCAUUCUCUGGCUUCCAACAAUGAUACAGAUGGCUGUCCAGCACAUAGUUGGUUUUCAAAGCCUUUCCUUUGAGACAUUCAGUUUUCUGCUGACUUUACUAGCUGCCACGGUCACCCCUGUAUUUGUUUUGUCAGAACGCUGGAUCCACCUGCCCUGUGGCUGCAUCAUUAACUGCAGGAGGAAUGCAUAUGCCAUUUCUUCAGAAGAAAGGAAAACAAAAAGGAGGGGUUUUGAAUUCAAUCUGUCAUUCCAACAAGGUUAUGGAAUCUACAAGAUAUCCCAUGAAAACCACCACCAUGAUGAUGAUGGUGAUGAUAACUCUAUAUCAUAUCACAACCUGAUGAACUAUGACUGUGAAAACACACAAGAAUCUCAGAAAGAGAGCAACAAAAUCCUUAAAUCUGCCAAAAUUGAGUUCAGCACCAUACCCAUAGAGGAUAGCUCCAUGUUUAAAGAUUUCAACAAGGGCAAAAAUAUGGAGACCAAACAAGAACUUGGCAAGGACAAAAGCAUGGACUGUCUUCUUUCAGACAAACUAGGAGCCUUUAAAAGAGAGGAGGUCAGAAACUUUGACAAAUCAACAUUUUUUGAAGCACAGGAAAGAAGGCUGUCUCACGAGGAGAGCCGUAAACCAGAACUCUCAGAUUGGGAGUGGUGCAGGAGCAAAUCUGAAAGGACUCCUCGUCAGCGCUCAGGUGGGGCCUUAGCUAUUCCUUUAUGUGCAUUUCAAGGGACUGUAUCUCUCCAUGCACCCACGGGAAAAACUCUCUCUUUAUCUACCUACGAGGUAAGCACUGAAGGGCAAAAAAUAACACCCACAUCAAAGAAAAUUGAAGUAUAUCGAUCAAAGAGUGUUGGUCAUGAGCCAAACCCUGAGGAUUCUCCUACUACAUUUGCAGACACAAAUGUUAAAAUUCAUUUAGAAGUUCUUGAAAUUUGCGACAAUGAAGAGGCCAUGGAUACUGUAUCAAUCAUCAGUAAUAUCAGCCAGUCGUCUACCCAGGUCAGAUCCCCAUCCUUGCGUUAUUCACGGAAAGAAAACAGGUUUGUUUCAUGCGAUUUAGGAGAAACUGCUUCCUACUCUCUCUUUAUACCAUCAAACAAUCCUGACAGCGAUAUUAACAUAUCAAUUCCAGAUACUGUUGAAGCUCAUAGGCGGAAUAGUAAAAAGCAGCAUAUGGAGAGAGAUGGUUAUCAGGAAGAAAUACAAUUGUUAAAUAAAGCAUACAGAAAAAGGGAAGAAGAUGGCAAAAGCAAUUAAAAGACACUUAGAGUAGUAAAUCUGAUUUGACUGACACUCCUCCUCUGCUUCAAUUGAUCUAUCAAACACAAUGACUUUCUCUUCUGUAACAAGUAAUUUUGUUUUGUUUGGCUAUACCAAUGGUUCUCAACAUGCGACCCAUGGGCCACUUGCGGCCCAAUCAACACACAGCUGCAGCACAUGUGACAUCCUCAGGGCCAUACAGGUACAUUGUGUGGUUUUGGCCCACAUAACAAGGAGCUGCAUACAUGGCCCACAAUAGCUAAAAGGUUGAGAACCACUGGACCAUACCAAUAAGUAGGUUUUUUUAAAUGUAUGGAUGGGAAAACAUCAAAUAGUUAAUAGCUUUUUAUAAUAUUGAUUAGAGAAUUGCAACACUGGUGGUGGUUGUUGUGCUUUAGCUUUUGUUUUUUGUUACUAUAAUUUCUAAAACCUUUUCUGAAUAGAAGCUUAGAAGCUGCUUUGGUUGCUUGUUGGCACUGGGCAAUCUACCUAUGGAAACCUCUGAACACUGAAUGAUCAAACCAUUCCCAUCUAAGGAAAGAUUCUUAACAUUUUUUGGCCUUCUGUCACAAUUCUGCUAUGACUGAUGUCUUGUGCCUGAAGUAUUUAUCAGAAAAAAAUAGCUAAAGCCAGAAGCUGAAUACAGGAUUUGGUUAAAUACAGGAUAAAAGAGGCCUAAGUGCUUUAAGUUUCCACUGUUAUGUACACAAUUCCUAUGUACCACAUAAGUAACUAACCAUUAUAAUAUCAACGUUGAAUCUGGGUAGCUGAAAUGUAAGCAUGCACAUUCUGUAAAUAUGGUAACAUGUAUUUCAACAAAGUUCUAAAUCGCUCAACAUUCCUUUGUACACGUGUAUCAAUGUUCACUUUACUUAUCCCAUGGAAUCUAAGGAACCCGCUUCCUGCCCCCACCUUCUCUUCCCAUGUAAGCAAAAGAAGCUUUCCAACCUUACAGGGUGUCCAUACUUGAUCCAAACAAGGGUCAGGUUGGGAACAUGCCAGGAACAACACCAUCAUGCUUAAAUUUGCAUAAAAUGCAGCUGCCUUCAUCUUUAAAGGUUAUCAAGGCCAGAGUCAUCCCCAUGCAAGCACUAGCAUAGAAAGUGUGGGUGACGUGCACCCCACCUCUUCAGAGGCUGCCAGGGAUGGUGCAACCCAAGGCACAACCCUGAGAGUGGCCGUAACUUGCACCAUUAUUGCAAUAGCCCCUACAUGCCAUUGCAGAGUCACAGUAUGGCUGAGGUGCAGGUCUGUCCCAGCCACACAUCCUCCUUCAAGGGAUCGGUUAUCUCUCUCCUCCACAGCCUGCCUGAGGGCUAUGAGAGGGAGGAGCCUGCUGCCGAGCUGGUAAAGCCAGAAGGGAGGGAUUACACUUGUUCUUUGACCCCUUUGUAUCAGUCUAGCAAAAGGACUGUAGCAAAAUGAUGCAUCAAGCCCUUUUCUUCCAACUAUUUGUCAGGCAUUUGAGUUGAAAUAGGGAUGAAAAAAAUUAAGAGUUUUAAACAAAGAUCACAUUCCCUGUCAAUCAGCUUUCAUUUUCAUGGUUUAUGUGAUGCCCUAAUCUCUUGUAGAGCUAUAAUGGUCCCAAAUUUUCCAGGAGAGAAGUCUAGAAAAGGCCUGAAUUUCUAAGGGAUGGGGGGAAAUAAGCAGAAACCCUUUCAGCCCUUCUUUAGAGACCACAAAGAAGCAAAACAAAACACAGGGCUGACUUUAUUUUGCUUUGCAGUUAACCCUCAAUAUGGAGGUGUGAACACAAAUGACCUGUUUCCCCUCUCAGUUCUGUAAAUCAGAAAUAAUUCCAUUGAAAUCACUGGGGUUACACUGGUGUAAAUCUGAGGAGAAUGAGGCCCAAAGACUGGAGGUUGCUAAGAUGGAGAUGGAUCAUGCUGUGCUAGGAGCUGUGGUUUAAUGUGCCGCUCUUCUACACUGAAAUUGAGGAUGGUAACACUAUAGCUGCUUCUGCAUUUCAGAUUUAACUAGAAACUGUAUUGUCAAGAAAAAUCUAUUCUAAGAUCUAUUCCAUAAAAAAAAAAGAUCUAUAUUCUUUCAACAAAUCGUAAAUGGGCACCCUGCUAUUUCUGAAGUUACUGCUUUCUGCUGUCUUCUACAGAAAGCAGGUAGAAGGCAGUGUAGGAGCACAGCUUGAUCUGAUAAGCCCUUCUCAGUUGAAUUCCAGUCUAAAGCACCAGAUCAAAGGAUUGUAAACAUCCUGCUAGAUACAAGUCUUGGGGCCCAGCAAGAAGACUUGGCACUCUUUAAAACUGGAAUGCUUGGCUCAAAAAUGAGGUGGCAACUUUUCUCACAGCCUUGUUCAGCGCAGGAAAAAAAUCCCAACUAAGUUUAAGCAAGUGCUUUCCUCAGAGCAGCGAUGUAUUAAUCUAUGGGCCACUUACCCCAAGCCCAGGACAGCAGGAAAUGAAGGGUGAAAUCCAGUAGCCAAGAUUGAAAAGCAAUACACAGAUGGAGUCCUCUUAAAGUGGCUCCACUUUCCUUUUGCUUUGACUUGGUGGUAUGUUUUGCUAUUGCCCACUGGAUGCCAUCUGAUUACUUGAACAUGUGUCCAAUGUGUUCCUGGAUAUAAGUUUUGUUUGUUUGCUAAAUUCAGCACCGAUACCCUAGGUAGCACCCCAACUGGGGCAACAUACCCAUAGGGGGAGUGUGCUAGAGGGGCAACAUUUUUCCCUGAGGGUACCAAAAAGGGUUAAUCCAUCAUUACCUUGGAGUCUUCUUUGUUGAUUGGUUGGUUUUCACCACCUCCUCCACCCCUCCCAAAGAGAGAUUAGUAUUGUGUGUAGGAAGAAUAUUAACUGAUGGUGUGUUAACAUCUGAUUGUAUUUAGGAGGGAUUAAAAUGCAAUCUAGAUGCAGCCCUCAACUUGACCUAAUUGUAAAGUACUGUCUUACUGGUCUAUAAUAAAUAUGUUUUCUUUUAUGAUGAUUCUGUAAAUAAUUUGGUAAUGU